AUGCUUGAGGGGGGCCCCUCACCUGAGGGGCCCCUGGGUUCGUUUGGGGGUGUUAUCGCUGCUGCUGCGUUUAUUGACCAGUUUGUAGUCAGGGGGGCCCCCACAGAAACUAGCAGGGGGGCCCCUGGUGGCUGUGAUGAGGGGCCCCCUUGUUGCUGUGACGAGGGGGCCCCUGGUGGGUAUGAGGGGGGGGCCCCUGAGGAGACAGAUGGUGUGGGGGGGGAGGAGACAGCUGGGGCGUUGUCUGUAGUGAAUGUGUUGACUUCUGCUGCUGCUGUUUGUGCUGCUGUUUGCGGCAUUGAGAGAGGGGAUGGGGGCCCCCAAGGAGACAAAGAAAAUACAAAAGAAACAGAAAAAAAAAAAGAGAUUACAGCAGCACAGCUGCUGUCUCUUCCUCUUGCUGCUGCAGCACCAGACGCACCGCUACACCCCUACCCCUCAGUUGUCUCUCUGCUGCUGCUGCUGCUCAAGGGAACCCCACCAGAACCACAAGCAGCAGCAGCAGCAGCAGCAGCAACAGAAGCAGCAGCAACGCCAGCAACAGCAACAGCAACAGCAGCAGCAGCAGCAACAGCAGCAGCAGCAGCAGCUCCCCCCGUCUCUCCUGCUGCUGCUCCAGCAUCUACUUCUCCUCCUUAUGUGUCUCCUCCUUGGGGGGCCCCCCAUGAAACCCCACUGCCUGAAGGCAAGGCCUCGCACGCUGCUGUCUCUGACAUGUGGCUGGCUCCUGCAAGGGGCCCCAACAGGGGCCCCCGUAGGGGCCCCCCUAGGGGCCCCCAGGGCCCCCUGAGCCCCGCGAAGGGCCCCGAGGGGGGCCCCCAAGGAAGCCCCCAGGGGGGCCCCCAAGGAAGCUCCCAGGGGGGCCCCCAGGGCGGCCCACAGGGGGGCCCACAGGGGGGCCCCACGGGGGGCCCCCAGGGGGCCCCCUUGAUGGGUGGUGGGGGUGAGGCAGCUGCUGAGACAGAGGAGAGAAGGGGCGGUGGUGCAGCAGCAUCUUUCUGGAUGGAUAGAGGGAUGCCGGAUGCUCUUGUUUGCCGCGCGAGGACAGCACAAGUUUAG